AUUCGUGCUACUUUUUAAAAACAAGGACAAACUUGGCAUUAGGUCUUACUCAAGGUUUAUGCUUCAUCGCCGUUACUGAUAAUUACUCUUUACGGAACUAUUAUCUUUUCAAAACAUCAUGUUCAAAUACAUUCUUUUCUUCAUAGUAUUUUCAGUAAUAUCGAAGCCUUUGACUGCUGAAAAAUUGGUUAACGGAACUUGUCCAUCUAGUCAAAGAACAUUCUGCUAUGAUGGGAUUAUUGUACCUAUGUGGAGACCAUCCACAGGCAUAACUGCCGGCGACAAGGCUGCUAGGGCCAUCGUUUACUUUUCAGCACUUAUGUAUUUAUUUUUGGGUGUGUCUAUAAUUGCCGAUCGUUUCAUGGCUGCAAUCGAAGUAAUCACUUCGCAAGAAAAGGAAGUGACUUUGAGAAAGAAGAAUGGGGAAACUCAAACGAUAUCCGUCCGCAUAUGGAACGAGACUGUUUCAAAUCUAACUUUGAUGGCUUUGGGGUCUUCUGCUCCCGAAAUUUUAUUAUCUGUUAUUGAAAUAAUUGGGAAGAAUUUUGAAGCUGGGGAUUUGGGUCCUGGCACUAUUGUCGGUUCUGCAGCCUUUAAUUUGUUUGUCAUAAUCGGCGUAUGCAUAGUUGUCGUUCCUGAUGGACAGAUACGUCGAAUCAAACAUUUAAGUGUCUUUUUCAUCACAUCGUCGUGGAGUCUGUUCGCUUAUCUUUGGAUGUAUCUCAUUAUAGCUGUUUUUACGCCUGGAGUAGUGGAAGUUUGGGAGGCACUGCUUACGUUUAUCUUUUUUCCCGUUAUUGUGAUUUGUGCAUAUUUAGCCGAUACAAAAAUUUUCUUUAAAAAGUUUCUUAAGAAGAAAUAUCGUGCAACUGCCCUAAUGAAAGCUGCAAACGGUGAUUUAGAAUUGACCAACCACACUGAAGAAGUGACAUAUGCUCCUGCUGAUGGGGACUUAUUAGUUGACGAAUCGGAAUUCGAUCGCCAUCGUAUGGAUUAUGUGGAAGCUAUUAAAGAAAUUAGGAAACGAAAUCCGAAUAUCGGAAUGAAAGAAUUGGAAGAACUAGCCCAAAUGGAAGUGCUUAAUAAGGGUCCCAAGUCCAGAGCUUAUUACAGAAUGCAGGCAACACGCCAACUUACAGGGAGUGGAAAUGUCAUCAAAAAAGCUAAAGUUGAACGUCGAAUGUCUUUUGAUGAUAACCGACUAACAACAGAAACAUAUCCUCCACACGUUCAGAGGUUCUUUUUUAAUCCUGGUCACUACACCGUAAUGGAAAACGUUGGAACGUUUCCUGUGACAGUUACUCGUGUUGGUGGCGAUAUGCACGCCGUCGUCUCUGUUGAGUACUUCACUCUGGAUGGAACUGCAGUUGCUGGAGAAGAUUAUGAACCAGUUAAAGGUCUACUGUUGUUUUCGGCUGGCGAAACACACAAACAAAUCAUGAUUUCUAUUAUUGAUGACGAUAUUUUUGAGGAAGACGAACAUUUUACUGUCCAUUUGAGAAAUCUCGAAGUGAAACAUUCGUCUACCAAAAUCGAGCCGGUUCUGGUUGACCCCAUGGUUGCUACUAUUAUGGUUCUGGAUGAUGAUCAUUCUGGGGUUUUUCAGUUUGAUGUGGCUGAUCUUACCGUUAGUGAGUCUUGUGAAUACGCUGAGAUCAAAGUACAGCGUGUUUCUGGUUGCCGAGGUAUCGUUCGAUUGCCAUACCAGACCGUCGAAGGUACCGCUAAGGGAGGCGGAAAGGAUUUCGAAGAUAGUGUCGGAUAUAUAGAAUUUCAAAACGAUCAGACAGAGGGUAUCAUUCGUAUUCGAGUAAUGGAUGAUAAUAAUUAUGAGAAAUCAGAAUAUUUCUAUAUACAACUUGGUGAACCAGUUCUUAUUGACAAAGAUGUUCCAAGUCAUUUAUUUGCACGCAUUACUCAACGGUCAGAUAGUUUAGUAAGUCGUACUAGUUCAACGAAAAAGCGUAAUUCACAAACGCCUAGUGCUAAAGAUGUAAAUUUCAAUCCAUGUAAAUCACUUGGUUUCGUAGAAACUGGCCAACCGCGAUUAGGUCAACCAACAAGAAUUAAGAUUACAAUUACAGAGAGUACAGAAUUCAAGAAAACCGUUGACAGGUUAGUGAAACAAGGGACACUGGCCUUAGUGGUUGGUACAUCAUCUUGGAAAGAACAGUUCGUUGAGGCGAUAACUGUCAGUGCUGGAGGCGAUGUUGACGACGAUGAAGGAGAAAAACUACCAACAUGCAUGGAUUAUGUGAUGCAUUUUUUGACCGUUUUCUGGAAAGUCCUCUUUGCAUUUGUUCCACCAACAGACUAUGGCGGAGGUUGGUUUUGUUUCACUGUAUGUAUACUGGUUAUUGGUGUUUUGACCGCAGUUAUAGGAGAUGUAGCUUCGUCAUUCGGUUGUUCGAUAGGAUUGACUGAUGCUGUUACUGCAAUAACGUUUGUAGCACUUGGCACCAGUUUACCAGAUACAUUUGCAAGUAAAGUUGCUGCUAUCGGUGAUCAAUACGCUGAUUCAUCUAUAGGCAAUGUAACUGGUAGCAAUGCUGUAAAUGUAUUCUUAGGCAUUGGUUUAGGCUGGAGUAUAGCUGCUAUAUAUCAUGCAAUUAAAGGAACACAAUUUUUAGUUCAACCAGGAUCAUUAGGUUUCUCCGUUACUACAUUUUGUAUAUUUGCUGUGAUAGCAAUUAUUUUAAUUAUGUUUAGACGUAAAAAAUCUAUUGGUGGUGAAUUGGGUGGUCCAAAAGUUGCAAAAUAUACUUCAGCUUUAUUUUUAUUUUUCUUAUGGUUUGUUUAUAUUCUCUUAGCUGGUUUAGAAAAUUAUUGUAUUAUUGAAGGUUUUUAAUUAUUAAAAGGAGAAGAGAGAGAGAAAAAAACACAAAUAGAUAAACGAAGAAAUCAGAAAAGAAAUAGGAAAAUUGUUUACAAUAACAACAUUACACAAAGUAUAUACUUUUAUACAAUAUAAAGUAAAACAAAACUAUACACAUAUAGAAUCAUCAAUGUAACAUUUAUCUAAUUAUAAAUAAUAAUAAAAAAAAUGAGAGAAACCAACAUUUAUUAUUCCAUUAACAACAUUACUGACUUAUACAAGAUUCAUAUAAGUGAUUUAUUAAAAUUUACUAAAUACAUAUGCAUAUAAACACAAUUCUUUAAAUGUAUUACAGAUGUCAAUGUUGUUGUUGUUGUUGUGAUUUAUUUCUUUGUUAAACUGUUCAAUAGAAAGUUAUUAACGGUGACAUUAAUCAUGACAAUAUUGACACAUAUUGAUAUUUUAUUGUUUUAUUAUUAAUAAUAAUACUUCAUUGAAUAGUUUUAAGUGUAUAAAUAGUUAUACUUCCUUAUUUUUCCCUUGCUUGUAUCUCUUUCUUUCUUGCAAUCAUACGGCCAUUUUCAUUUAAAACCCAAAAACACAAAAUAGAUUUACUAACUGAAUAAACCGUUAAACUUGUUUUCUCUUUAUUUUAUGAUUUAUAAGUUUAUUCUCAUCAAUUAAAUUGUCUUUUUUUGACACUAAUUAGAGAAAAGUAAAUCCUAAUGAUAUGUUGUAGUACUCAUAUAUUUAUUGUUUAUGAUAUAAGAGUAAAUGAGUGUAAUCUGUAUAUUGAUCUGUGCUUGUACACUAAUUAUUGAUAACAGAGUCUUAAUGUAUUUUAUUUUCAUAGAUAUUACUUUGCACCUUUUUUUUAUUGUGCACAACCCAACAUCUUUACUACAUAUACCAAUACAUUAUGGUAUUUAUAUAUAUAAACUGAAAUAAACGCUCAUAAAUUAGAUUUUAUAGUUUUCCUAAAUACUUUUCUUGAUUAGUAAUUAUAAGGUAAUACAAUGAGAAACAUAUAUCCACAUCUAUAAUCAUUCUCAUUGUUAUUUAUUCUCAUUCGUAUGUACAUUUUCAAAAUAAUGAUGGAUAUUGUUACUACUUGUAUAUUGAUUUCUUUAUCCGUUCUUUUAUACAUUCGUUCAUUCAUUCAUAUAUGAAUUUAUCUAUUACUUCAAUUUACAUUGUGACUUAAAUUCACCAAUACUAGGCAUCAACAUUUUUAAUCGUUUCUAAUUGCAGGGAGAUAAAAUAUUAUCCAUGUUGCAUAAACUCAUCAUAAUAAGUGGAAACAUGACCUUGUUGAAGAACAAUAUAUGUGUAAAACAAUUAAAUUAAGUUAAAGGAAAACACUUGUUUAUUCUUCUUUUGAAAGUAAAUAAGCCUAUAUAUAGAUAGAUAUACUGGUCGAAACAAAUCAUCACUAAAACCGUAUCACUUCUUUUGAUUUUCACAAUAAAAUAAACAAACAAAUAUUUCUAUUUCGACUUUAUAAUUAUUCUGAGGAUUGAUUCUGAAAAAUUAUGCUCAUGUUGUUGAGAACAAUAUUAAUGUUAACUAUUCGCAUACAAGUUCAUUGGUGUUUUAAGAGCAUAGUCAUAUGAAUUUCUUACUUUCCAACAUCUCAUUCAUGUGAAUUUAACUGAGUAUUUCUUUUAGAAAUAGAAUUAAGCAUCAUAAAUUCUGUACAUAACAUAUUUGUACAUACAUUUAGUCCGAUUUAAAUAUAUCUCUCUGCAUGCAGUGCCAUUUCCUUGCCUUCUUUUCAACUAACUUUUAAAAUAUCAAUCGUUUUAUUUUUCUUUUGGAUUCAUGUACUUGCCAUUUUGAAUCCAUCAUCUCAACAAGAUAAACCAUUUAAUUUUUUCUUUGAAUUUCUACACUUUAAACAUACACCUUCUGAUACUUGGUUUUUUUCUUUCUUUCUUUCGUUGAAACUCUUUCAUUAUAUUUCUUGGAAAAUCAAAUGAUCAAUAAAUAUUUCAGGAUGAAAUGAUUUAACAUAUAAACGUGUUGUUACACCUUUUUAAAUUACACAUAUAUGAGUUUAUUAAUAAAAUUUAUGAAUGCAAACAGAAAUCAAAAUCAGCGGCAUAUAAAUCUGAAUUAUUCAUUUUCACAUUUUGUAUUUUUACUCCAUAUCCCAAUGUAAUUUUGGUGUAAUUUUAUAGUGUUAGUUAUAUUUUUACCUACCACAUUUAAUAUUAAUUGUCAUAAACAUAUUAAUUACCCAUAUGUAUAUUUACAUAUAUGGAUAUUUACUGUUUAACAACUUUACACCAUAUUUCAAAUAUAAGAAAGUAUUGUAAUUACAUUUUUGUUUCUGCCGUCCAUGUACGCGUAUAUUACUGUAGAUUAUUUACAUUAUUUCUAAAAUAAAUAAGUUCUCUCUCUCUAUAUAUAUAUAUAUAUAUAUUACUUAGUUUUGAAAAUUUUAUCAAGUAUUAUCAUUGAUAAUGUUCGUCAAACUACUUACAAAUUUAUGAUUAAAUCUAAUACAUAUAAAAAAUUACACUUAUUGAACGGUUUCUAAGCAUAUUACCAAUAGAACUUUGAUACUAUUCACUAAACCGACGCUGACUGUUCAAUGAAGAACAUUUUUUUGCAUCAUAUAUAUAUAUAUGUAGAAUAAAGUCAAAGAAAAUCGGUUUUAUUUUAAUUAUUUAUCAUAAAGUGAAUAACCUAUUAAAAUGGGUUUCUCAGUAGUUUAACAACCGUUUCUGUUCAUUGUAAUCAACUUAAUUAACUAGACCUUGUCACUGAAAAUUAAAAUAAGUAGUUUGUGGAAGUUUGUAGUUUUUAUGACAAAUCGACAUCUUAGGCACUUACACACAACCUUGC